GAAAUCCGUGCAUGUGAUGAUUCGUAGUUGAUGUUGAUGGUGGCAAACGAAUUUGCUGCUUCAUUUAUCCAGAGUCAUCAUUGAUUUCAUAUGUCGGUUGGUUUUACGGCUAAUCUCAGGUUGGAUUUAGCUUGAGAGUAAAGUAAAUUGUCCUAGACGACAGAGUUCAUCGUAUCAAACAAGAAGGUAGCGUGUUGAUAAGAAAAAGCCGACUGUUUUUUUACGUUGGUGGUAUUACUGUGCUGCUUAUCUGUUGCUGACUUUAAGAUACAAGGGAAUAAUCAAGGUAAGAUACAAGGCCAGACAGACCUUCUGAACAACAUUACAACCCACACGGAUCAAAUAAAAUCAUAAACUGGAGGAGGAGACGACAGAACCACGCCCGAAGCGUAUGAAGGAAGUUGAAAUGACCCUAAAUCCAGAAAUUGAAAAAGUGCUCCUCGCAGCAGUACCUCAUCUGAAUCCACCGCAGCCCACUACCCGGGUUUACAAGGAUGAGUGUAUGUAUUGUUUCGACACACCGGAAACAGAAACCGGCCUUUAUGUUUGUCUCAAAACGUUCUGGGGUCUGGGGAAGGAUUAUGUAGACAAAUAUGUGGCGAAAACGGGAAACAGUGUGUUUCUUCAUGUUCGGCGUAUCAAACAUAAGAAGGAGAAACCUGUCGGUGCACCAGAUGCUACUACAGAGACGGCAAAAGUGGUUACCAGAUUGGCAAUUGGGAUUGAGGGUGGUUUCGACCCAACUGCCAAUGGCGUGGAGUAUGAGAUCGAAGAAAUUAAUUCGGUCGUCGUCUUUCCUGGCCAUCAUGUUAUCCCCUUGCCUAAUAGUAAUCUUCACGAAAAGAUUUUGGGAGUUGUUGCUGGCAUCAUUUCGGCAGAGUCUGCUAGGCGAUCUGCUGAACUGGAAGCUAUGUCCAAUACUUGGGAUGGCGAAGUUAGAGCCACGUCAAAACAUUCUAAUGACCUGCAACAACUUAACAAUGAGAAAAAAGUUCCCCCCAAAGGAUGGAAAUGCGAACACGAGGGCUGCGAUAAAGUGGAAAAUCUGUGGUUGAAUCUUACCGACGGUUCUAUUCUUUGUGGGCGUAAAAUGUUUGACGGAAGUGGAGGAAAUAAUCAUGCACUCGAACAUUAUGCAUCAGUUAAAUAUCCUCUUGCUGUCAAGCUGGGCACCAUAACUCCAGACGGUAAUGCUGACGUAUACUCUUAUGAUGAAGAUGAUAUGGUAAUCGACACUAAAUUGGUCCAACAUCUUGCACAUUUUGGAAUUAAUGUUGCCGUGAUGGAAAAGACUGAAAAAUCUAUGGCAGAGAUGGAGAUUGAUUUGAAUAUGAAACAUAUCGGUGAAAUAAAUGCACUCACAGAAUCAGGAAAAGCGUUGAAACCAAUGAGAGGGCCUGGAAUUACUGGAAUAACCAAUUUGGGAAAUUCGUGCUAUAUGAAUUCUCUUCUACAGGCUCUAUUUAAUAUUCCUGAGUUUCAAGAGAGGUUUUCCAAGAAUGCAGAAAAGUACUUUGAGUCAACUAAUGAUCCCAUCAACGACUUUAAUGUUCAAAUGUCCAAAUUAUGCCUUGGUCUAUUGUCUGGAAAAUAUUCUAAGAAGGUUGAUGACGACGAUAACUCUGAUGCUCAAUUAGGAAUUUCACCCUACACCUUUAAAGCACUGGUUGGAAAAGGACAUCCAGAGUUUUCGACCAAGAAGCAGCAAGAUGUUCAAGAAUUCUUCCUUCAUAUAAUCAACACUCUGGAGAAAUGCAGUCGUAGCGAGCCAAAUCCUUCAAACUGUUUCAAAUUUCAAGUUGAGGAUAAAGUUCAAUGCAACGAGACCAAAUGUGUUCGGUAUUCUCAUCGUGCCGAGUACUGCCUGCCGCUAUCCAUCCCGAUUGACUGCGCAACUAAUAAGGAGGAAUUUGCCCAGUAUGAAAAGAAGAAGGCUGAAGCUUUGGCACAAAAGACGACAUUGUCUCCCGAAGAAACAGUGCGAUUGACGAUUCCAGUAGACGCUUGUUUGGAAGCAUUUGUUAAUCUUGAAACUUUGGAUUCAUUUUAUAGUUGUGCAAGCAAGCGAGUUGGAACCGCAAGCAAGUCCACUCGACUUGCCACUUUCCCCGAUUACUUGGUUAUCCAAUUGAAGAAAUUUUGCAUGGGUCAGGAUUGGACACCAAAGAAACUCGAUGUUUCUGUUGAUAUGCCCCUCGAGUUGGACCUUUCUGCUCUCAAGGCUAAAGGAUUACAACCCGACGAGGCUGAAUUUCCUCCUGAUACUGAACCCGAUCACCAGCCACCCGUGGUAGCUAUAGACGAAGCCGUAGUUGGCCAACUUAUCGAUAUGGGAUUCCAUGCAAAUGCAUGCGUCCGAGCCGUCAUCUCAUCUGGAAAUACUGGGGCUGAGAGCGCAAUGAACUGGAUCAUGCAGCACAUGGAUGAUCCAGAUUUAAAUUCUCCAGUCAAGAUUAAAGGGAGAACGGAUACGAAAAAGUUUGUGGCGAAUGAAGAAGCAGUUCUUGCCAUUCAAGGGAUGGGAUUCACUGCCCCACAAGCAAAAUUAGCCUUACAAAAUACGGACAAUAAUGUAGAACGAGCCGUGGAUUGGAUAUUUUCUCAUAUGGAGGAGAUUAACAAUAUUCCAGAACAGGGGGAUAAUUCCAACUGUGCGGCAGCAAUGGAGGGAGUAGUGGAGGACAAUAAAAGUACCGAGUUCACAGACGGACCUCCAAAAUACAAAUUGAUUGGAUUCGUCUCACACAUGGGUCCCUCGUCCAUGGUGGGUCACUACGUGGCUCACAUUUGGAAGGAUAAUUGCUGGGUCUUAUUCAACGACAAUCGUGUAGCUGCAUCCGAGAAUUUACCAAAAGAUUUGGGAUACUUGUACUUUUACAGGAGGUCAAAUUAACCAAGGUACUCUAAUCAUUCCUUCGUUGAGGGAAUUAUGAUUAUUAUUCUUAUCAAGUUAAGGGUUAAGAUGUUAAUUAGGUAUUAAAUUUUUGUAUACUAUUCCUAUCAAGGAAAGAAAAUUAGGAUUGCACCCAACAUAAUAUAAAUAAUUUUUGUCUAAAUUUCUUAGGUUCCCAAUAACUCUUUACUAAUUAUUCUUAAUUGCUAUUUUUCACGCUUGAGUGAGUUAAAAUAUUAAAAUCAUUAUCAAUUGAUGGGUGAUUAUUAUGAAAAAUAAAUAUAAAUGUGAUUUCAAUUCAA